AUGCCUCGGUCACUUUCAGGUUCGAGUACUACGGAGAGUGUUGCUCCAGUAGAGGAGAUACAGCCUGCAAGAACAAAAUCACGUCGCUCUGAGGUGGGAAACGACUUACAUCUCGUUCAAAGUCAUGUCUCGCAUCAUGAUAUGCCUGUGCCAGUAGCCACCAAUGAGUUUCACGAGGUCGAUGCCGAACAAUACCUACGUUUUUCGCCUGCUCGCAAGACACUCAUUGUUGCUAUACUAGCAUAUUGCUCGUUCUUGGCCCCUAUCUCUUCGACCUCAAUUCUAUCAGGUAUCCCGGAGCUCGCAUCAACCUAUAAUACCACUGGAAGUGUAAUCAACGCCAGCAAUGCUUUGUACCUAGCCUUCAUGGGUGUCUCGGCCCCAUUCUGGGGCCCAUUUAGUCAAGUAUGGGGUAGAAGACCGAUCUUUCUUAUCAGCGCCUUCUUGUUCUUUGCUUUCAGUAUCGGCACAGCGCUCGCCCCUAAUCUUCCUGCCUAUUUCAUUUUCCGCAUUCUCACAGCAUUCCAAGGGACAUCUUUCCUGGUUGUAGGAAGUUCUGCUAUUGGAGAUGUAUAUGAGCCCCGAGCUCGUGCAACAGCUUUGGGAUGGUUUCUAUCUGGAACACUUAUCGGGCCAGCAUUCGGACCAUUCAUCGGUGGUGUUAUUGUGACCUUUCGCUCUUGGCGAGUCGUUUUCUGGCUACAAACUGCCCUGGGUGGCUUCGGCACAUUACUUGUCUUCUUUUUCUUCCCCGAAACAUACCCGAAUCUUGUCAAAUCAGACCCAGAUCAAAAAACACCCAAGCAAAAAGCCAAGUUCCUCUGGCAUCGUGUCAACCCCUUACGCGUCGGCAUCCUCCUCUUCUCUUAUCCGAACCUAUUCUUCGCAGGUCUAGGAGCUGGCGCUUUAGUCUGGAAUCAAUAUUCCCUGCUAACCCCCAUUCGCUAUGUCCUCAAUCCUCGCUUUCACCUCACCAGUCCCAUCGAGUCGGGUCUAUUCUACAUCGCACCUGGCUGCGGGUACCUCGUGGGCACAUUCAUGGGUGGACGAUGGGCUGAUCACACCGUGAAGAAAUGGAUUCGCAAGCGCGGCGGCGUGCGAGUUCCUGAAGACAGGCUCAAAUCUUGUCUGGUUUUCAUCACUUUCGUGAUCCCGGGAUGUAUACUCAUCUACGGCUGGACAGUUGAGAAAGCAGUCGGUGGUAUUCCUGUUCCGGUGCUUGCUAUGUUCGUACAGGGUGUUGCGCAACUAUUCUGCUUCCCAAGCCUGAAUACCUUCUGUUUGGAUGUGAUGCAGUCUUCUGGCCGAAGUGCUGAGGUCGUUGCUGGAAACUAUAUGUUCCGGUAUGUUUUUGCUGCGAUUGGCUCUGGUGUUGUACUGCCGGCUGUCGAUGGAAUUGGUGUUGGAUGGUUUAGUACCAUCAGUGCUUUGUUCCUUGUUGUUGCUGGACUUUGUGUUUGGGCAACUACUAUAUUUGGAGAUCAAUGGCGGAAACAGGUGGAUGCUAAGAAUCAGCGCAAGGAAGCAGAGAGGGCUGGAAAGCAGCCUGCUUUGCAAGAGAGUGAGAAGAGAGCUGAGGUUUGA